UUUACAGCCAAAGAACUUGUGCACAAAGUGUCUUCACGUUAGAGAGCUGAGCGUAAGCGCUGAGACCGGAACAACUUUGUUAACGGCAUGUACUUUUAGAAAGCAAAUGACCGGGUCGAGUGUGAGGAGUUUAGUUGCCGUUAAGGAGGCUCGGGCUGUGGUUCAGGGAUGAGACGCCUGCUGCUAAGCUUUGCCGUCAAAUCCCCCAGAAACACACUGAGCCUGUGUCCCCUGAGAGUAAGAAGUCAUGGGCUGAAGCUGUGCACCUCGUCCUUUCAGGGGGACAGCAACGGGACGGAAAGCAAGAAAGCCUUGCUGUCAGACCACAAGCUGUUCGAGAGCAAGUUUGAUGAUCUGGUGAGGGAGCUGACGGAGAAGGACUUCAGAGACCCGGUGCUGGCUGAUGCCCUGGGCCGGCUGAGAGAGAAUAUGCUCUACAACGUACCUGGUGGCAAGAAGAACCGAGGUCUGUCUGUGAUUGGCUCCCUGCGGGAGUUUCUGCCCCCCUCGCAGCUCAGCCAGGACCUGGUGCAGCGGGCUCUGCUGGUGGGCUGGUGCAUCGAGCUGCUUCAAGCAUUUUUCCUCGUGGCAGAUGACAUUAUGGAUAGCUCAGUGACUCGGAGAGGACAGCCAUGCUGGUACAAGAAGGACGGAAUAAGCUUGGAUGCCAUCAACGAUUCAUGUCUUCUGGAAUCCACAAUCUACAGACUACUGCGAAGACACUGCAGAGAUCAACUCUACUAUGUCCACUUACUGGAGCUUUUCCAUGAGACCACUUUCCAGACAGAGCUUGGCCAGACUCUGGACCUCGUGACCGCUCCACCUGGUCAGAUCGACCUCAGCAGAUUCAGCAUGGAAAGAUAUAAAGCUAUUGUAAAAUACAAGACGGCAUUUUACUCGUUCUACCUACCGGUGGCAUCUGCAAUGUACAUGGCAGGAAUCAAUAGUGAAGAGGAGCACAAUAACGCCAAACUCAUCUUACUUGAGAUGGGGGAGUUCUUCCAAAUACAGGAUGAUUACUUGGACUGUUACGGUGACCCUGCUGUGACUGGAAAGAUUGGUACAGACAUCCAAGAUAACAAAUGCAGCUGGCUGGUGGUGAAAGCUCUGGAAGUCAUGACUCCAGAACAGAGAUCAGAGCUGGAGGCUUGUUACGGGCGCAAGGAUGAAUCCAGUGUGGAAAAGGUCAAAGCCCUGUACAAAACCCUGCAAAUGCCAACUCUCUACCAGAAAUAUGAGGAAGAGAGCUACCAGCGGCUGCAGAAACUCAUCGCUCAUCACGCUCAGAACCUUCCUACCUCAGUUUUCCUCAAUUUUGCCAACAAAAUCUACAAGAGGGACAAGUGAGGGGUCAUGGUGUGCAUGAGAAAGGCUACAUCAAGUGUCAGACACUGCUUUAGCAAAGUUUUAAAACUUGUCAGGUUCACCUGACGGUCGAAUCAAAGCUAUACAAAAAAAAAAAUUAAGGAUGGAUUACAACUUAAAUAUGAACCAUUUAUGUCACCAAGCAGCUUGUUUCUUUUAUUUUCUUUGUGGUAUUUAUUGAACAAUCUGCAUAUUGUAUGCUGUCUGUGCUGAUUCAACCUCAGUCUUUGCCCGAAUCGACACAAAAAAUUAAAGAAAUCUUUUCAGAUUAUUUCUUAAUACCGGUACUAAAUCUUUUUAUACCUGUACUGUAAAUGCUGUAGUUGCCUGAAUGGCUGAAUGUUAUUAAUUUCAAUAAAGAUUUUUUGGUCAGUA